AUGCUCUCCAAACUCACCUCCCUCGCCCUCCUCGCCGCCGCCACCGCCUCUGCAGCAGCCCUCCCCACCACCACACCAUGGACCUGGCAAGUCACCUCCUUCAGCUCCGUCUGCACCGCCGCAACCUGCCGCUACUCCUUCAACGUAUCCGCGCCCGCCGGUCCAUCCGGCCAACCCGCUUUUGACGCCAACUUCUGCUCCGGCACCAGUGUGCAAGGCGGCUUCAAAUCCUGUGCCGUCGUCGGCGUCGAUGUCCCCGGUGAUGUGCAGACGCAGGAGUUUAACCAGGGACGCGAUAUCGGUGCUAUUAUUAGUGUCGAGUAUUCUUUUACGCAGGGUGAGGUUACGUAUACGUAUACGGGAAAUAAUUCUGUUGCUCAUACGGAGUUGGGGCCUGCGGUUGAUUUUACGAUUAUUCCGACUGAGGUUACGGCUGUGGCUUGA